ACACCUUUACGUAUGGUCCCUAUGGGAUUCCCUCAUCUACGCAGAUGGGGAGGUGUUCCUGCCACUAAGCCUUUAAAAACCCCAAAUUCCGAACAAGCUUUAAAAACCCACCGGAAAAGUUAAGGCUUUCCCAGGAUUCUGGAAAGGAGCGGAACAUGAAAGGACCCAGCAACCUGGCAGCCACGACCUUGGCUCUUCUCCUGGUGUUUUCCGUUCUGGGAGACACCCGCGGCGCUCCGCAGAGACUUCUGGAGAGGAGGAACUGGACGCCACAAGCUAUGCUGUACCUGAAGGGGGCACAAGGGCGCCGCUUCCUCUCCGACCAGAGCCGCAGGAAGGACCUCUCGGACCGGCUGCCUCCAGAAAGACGAAGCCCAAAUCCCCAAUUACUACCUCUUCCAGAGGCUGCAGCCCUGUUGCUGGCUUUGUUAUCGAAACCACAAGAAGAUAGAGAAGAAAAAUUUGAUCGAAGCUGAUUUCUACAAGACAGAAUGCUUAGCUGGUGAAAAUACACAGGAUUAUAUUCAAGUGUACAUCUAUUCUUGUUGAAAAUAUAAAUCAUGUGAAUAAAAUAAUUGGACCCUUUUUACUUCAUUGUAAUCCUAGAAACAUGCAUCAUUCAUUUGAUUUUUUUGGAAACAAAAGAAAAUGUAGAAUUCUCUUUCCUUCCUUGUUUCAGGCCCGGUGUAAAUCACCUUGUAUAUUGCUCUUGAGUUUUUAGAGCAUUUCUAACGAUUGGCUGGAUACUCUUAACGUUUUCUUUCUUUCUGUCAGGACCAGUACCUGUCUUUAUCUUAGUUGUUGGGUUUUCAUUACAUUACAUAUCUGUAUUUUAUUAUUCCUCAGCAAUGAUUCUUUCGCUGUUUAUCCUUUUUUCUCAUUCCCCAAAGAGGCAGAUAUAUGGUAAGAUGGGAAAGACUGUGCCUCUCUGUAGUUCAUCCAGGGAGAUAAGCUGUUAAAAAGGGAAGUGGGAUGGCUGGGAAGAAGCAUCGUGAAAAGACCGCGUCAGUGUGGUCGGUGAGAGAAGGUAGGUAAGGCUGCGACCGUGGAAGGUUUGCUGAAGACCUGCAACCAGAAGCCACCUUGCGCUCUGAAGGGAUCCCAAGUUCAGUGAAGAAACACAGAUUUAAAUAUUCUUGAGAAACAGAGAAAGAGACACUCUGCUCGUGUAUAUGUUGUACAAAAGGAAUGAACCAGUCUUUUAAAGGUAAAAUCAUUUUCCGUGGCUAACCAGAGUCAGUGGAGUCCAACACUGCUCACCGUAACUGGCUAAGUUCCUAGGCUAUAGUUACCCCAGUAACACAGUAUACCUAAUAAACCUAAUUUGCUUUUUUCCAAAGUCAGUCUGGUCUCAAUAUCAUCUCAACAGACACACACACACACACACACACACACACACACACACACACACACACACACCUAUGGAAAUCAUAGUAAUUUAUCUGGAGUUACAAGAUCACAUUAUUUUUACCUGAUCAACUCGGAGUUGUUCCCCAUAAAUGUCUUAAGUGGAAAGUACUGUUAAUUAUUAUUGUUAUCAGUAUGUAGACAUUACUUAAUAGCCAAAUAAUAUGCUAUAUGAAUGCCUCUGUAAUUCAAAAUGAUGCUUUCACUGUUAAUCAAAAUCAUGCUUAUAACAUUGUCUGCAUUUUGUUUAAAAAUUGAAUAAUGAAGCCCUAUGCAAGUUAAUGUAAUAUUUAUCUCUGCCAAAAAUAUACAAUUAAAAAACUGCAUAGCAUUAUAA